AUGACAAACAGUCGUCUCAUUACUCGUCGUCGUCGAACCUGUUCAAGAAGAACAUAUCAGACGCACCAUGAAGACUUCCAUGUGCAUAUGUCUGAAGAGGAGAAGAUUGCUGCUGAAGAGAGCCUUAAAGCGUAUGGCAAGACUAUUGAACUCGACAACAUUCUUCAGCAUCGUGCUAAAAAGAAUCCCUUGUUUCUUCAGAGAUCUUUGAGUUAUCAGAUUGAAGCCAAACAUCAAAGGAGAAUACAAAUGACUGUGUCGCUUUCGGACACUCAAAAACUGUUUCCUAUAUAUGUUUUGCUGGCAAGACUUGUGUCUCCUAAGCCUACUGCAGAGUGUUCUGCAGUAUAUAAGUUCAGUCGAGCAUGUAUCCUAACUGGUGUCCUGGGGGUUGAUGGAGUUAGCCAAGCACAAGCCAAAUUUCUCCUCCCUGAUAUGAAUGAACUUGCAUUGGAGGCAAAAUCAGGAUCACUGGCUAUCUUAUUUAUCAGCUUUGGAGGAAAUUGCCUAUGGAGCAAUAUACCCCUGGAAUCUAUCUACUCAUCGUGGCAGAAAUAUCCAAAUAUGGACUUGGAACAGAAAGCAAAUUCAGUCUCUCUUGUUGAAAUGCAGCCUUGCUCUGUACAGAUAAAGUCUAUGAGUGAGGAAAAAUGUAUUGCGAUUCAGGUUCCAAGCAAUCCCCUCACCUCGAGCUCACCGCAGCAAAUGAAAGUCACCAUAUCUGCGGAAGAGGUUGCACCGACGGAAAAAUCUCCUUAUAAUUCACUUUCAUUUAAUGACGUCCCUUCUUCUUCAAUGUUAGAAAUUAUUAGGUCGAGAGCAGGGAAUGUAAUUUUCAAUUACAUAUACUAUAACAACAAAUUGCAGAAAACCGAAG